UUGGAAAAGAGUCUACAAAAGCGAAAACGUGCACAUCAUCGUCAUCAUGUAGUUCGGCAGUUUUUGGAAUCAGUUGACGUAGUAAUACCAACAAGCGAGAUCAAGUCUAAUUAUCCAAAUAUUAUUGAUUUGCUUGUGACAAUGAUCGAUUCCUUCAAAUUACCGCGGAAGUUGCUAGAUACAGGCACCCAAAAGUCAUUCUCAGUAGAAAAUGUAAACGAGGCUAGCGGGAAGGUGGGUGUUUUGCUGAAAAGCGAAAACGCAGCUGGAUUCGGUAUGAUGAUUCAAGGUAACAUGAAUGAGGGCAUAUUUGUGAAAGAAAUAGUGCCAAUGGGCGCCGCCUACCAAACUGGGAAUAUUUUACCGGGUGAUCGAAUAAAAACUCUGACUAUCUGUUUCGAUAAUAUGGUCUAUGAAGAUGCAUUGACUCUGCUGAGCUAUGCCUCUCCGUACAAAGUUAAAUUCGAGCUUGAACGAAAAAUUGAAACACCACCACCAAUGGAUGGAGAUAUGACAAAUGCUCGCCUUCAUCCAUUAUUCCGCAGUAACACAUUGACCCACAUCCAAUUCAAUCCAAUCAGUAGCCCGUCUCCUCGCCCAUCUUCUGAUGAGGAGACUGAAAAGAUAGAAACGCCUCCACCAGUGGAGAAAGAGCCGGAGACCGAAACUGUGGAAUGCAAGUCUCCAAAGUGUGGCGAUAUCGAGAUGGUGGAACAGAAGGCACCGGAAACCAUAGCCUCACCUGAACCUCUCACAACGAAAGUGAUAAGCGAAGUUGCUGAUAGCACCACUAUAGGUGGGUACUGUAAUUGUACCGUACACUACCAAUGA